CAGAGCAUCAAUGCGUUUUAACAGUCCAUCGUUUAUAAUACGGGAGUAUUUCAGGCUUUCGAUUUCCUGGUGGCGCUGAAUGCGCUGUUGGUGGAUCUGAUUCUGUUUCGCGCGAAUGAAAGACCGUUUGUCGACGUUGGGAUGCACCUCGAUAUCGGAGUCAUCAGAGAGCUCGAGGGCAUCCCAUUUGCUAUAGUCGAGAACCAUAUUGGCUAGCAGAAGCCAGGCGGGCACAAAAUGGUGGAUAAACAGGGGCGCACUUUAGGAAAAUAGAGGGGUAACCAGUGCUUGGUUUGCGGUUGAUUUGCGGUUUGCGGGGACGACUGGCGGACGAAGAGGGUGUAUAUCAAAUUGUCUGCUGUAAAACCAUGCCUUCAAUUAAAAACUUACUAUAUUUUGUUUGGGAAAUUAUAGCUAUUGAGAGCAAGGGAUGUUUCUAUUGUUAUGAGUUAGAUAUACAUGCCAUCGGAGCGGAGUGGCGUUGUAUGUAUUUAUUUGUUUAUCUGGACUUUCAAUUUUCCCCGUGAUUCCACUCUGUUCUCCGAGAGCCGCAACUCAACCGACGACAACCUUUUCCUUGUUUGGCGCCGACCACAGCAGAACAAAACCAUCCCAUAUCAACAACACCUUAUAUACACACUCGGGCCUGGGCAUCACUCCUGGUUGCCUUGCUUCUGCUUAAUAUGGGACUGCCUUCUGUUUCCAUCUCGCGAUAGGUCCGAGUCGUUCGUGGGUUGAGCGGCGUUGAGCAAGGGAGCCCACGAGGGGAGGCAUUGACGACCUCUCGAAAUGCGCAGCUCAGGGCUGCUUGCGGCCGCUAUUCCACGAGCAACAUCACAGCGCAUUGCUCAUUCUGGAUUAAUCUCUUCAGCUCAAGUCUCCGCCUACGCUCAGAAAGCGUCGCUUGAUGCAAACAAUGACUUAAGGCGGCAUUUUUCGAUCAUCUCAAACCCAUCCCUACGUCCGAGUAUCCUCCAGCAGCCUGAGAAUCGAAAGCCAUUUGCAGCUACUAACCAUGCCGCGCCUUCAUCCAUUGCGAGGCCGGGCUGCCUCCAGAAGGUCCGAUUCCUCUCCGCGACAAACGUACGACAGAAUGUAACCAAGCAUGAGCCACCGAACAACCCGCGGAACGCAAGAAUGGAGCUGGAGGAAAAGGAAAAGGCCGCCUUGGAAGAAAUGCAUCGGGGCUUUGAGCUCACGGAAAAGGCAUCACAGGCGGCGAAAAUAAACCUCAGCGCCAGGCUAGCAAAGGAUUCAGGCGGGAAAAAGGCAGGCUUUGGCGAGGUAUGGCGCUUGUUGAAGAUUGCUCGCCCAGAGGCCAAAAUCCUGUCCGUAGCAUUCCUCUGCCUACUCAUCUCGUCAUCCAUCACAAUGUCUAUCCCGUUUUCCAUUGGCAAGAUCCUUGAUAUCGCAACACAUGGCACCCCGGAAGGCGGCAAUGAAUUGUUCGGUCUCACUCUCCCAGUCUUUUACGGUGUUCUGGGCGGUAUUCUUACCGUGGGCGCAGCGGCAAACUAUGGCCGGAUUAUUAUUCUACGGAUUGUGGGCGAACGCAUUGUUGCGAGGCUGCGGUCGAAGCUCUUCCGGCGGACUUUCAUCCAGGACGCUGAGUUUUUUGAUGCGAAUCGCGUUGGUGACUUAAUUUCCCGGUUAAGCUCUGAUACGAUAAUCGUUGGCAAGAGUAUUACGCAGAAUCUUUCAGAUGGGCUGAGAGCUUUUGUCAGUGGCGCUGCAGGUUUUGGUCUGAUGGCAUUUGUCAGUCUUAAACUGUCGAGUGUUCUCUUAGUCCUGCUGCCGCCGGUAGCGCUUGGGGCGUUUUUUUACGGAAGAGCGAUAAGAAAUCUCAGCCGCAAGAUUCAGAAAAACCUGGGCAGCCUGACAAAAAUUGCAGAGGAGCGGUUAGGGAAUGUGAAGACAAGCCAGGCUUUCGCAGGGGAGAUUUUGGAAGUUAAUCGAUAUAACAAACAAGUCAGAAGGAUUUUUGAGCUUGGAAAGAAAGAGUCGUUUGUUAGCGCGACAUUCUUUAGUUCAACUGGUUUGAUGGGCAACAUGACGAUCUUGAGUUUGCUUUAUGUUGGUGGCGGGAUGGUCCAAUCCGGUGCUAUAUCAAUUGGUGACUUGACUUCAUUCCUCAUGUAUACUGCCUACGCUGGCUCAAGCAUGUUCGGCCUCUCCAGUUUCUAUUCGGAACUAAUGAAGGGAGUUGGCGCUGCCAGCCGGCUGUUUGAACUCCAAGACCGCAAUCCCACAGUCUCCCCCACCAAAGGAGACCAUGUCAUUUCUGCACGAGGACCAAUCCGCUUUAAGAAUCUAGAUUUCAGCUACCCUACCCGACCUGCCGUGACCAUAUUUAAAGACCUUGACUUUGAAAUCCCUCAGGGAAGCAACGUUGCGAUCGUUGGCCCUUCAGGGGGUGGCAAAUCAACCAUUGCUUCCAUGUUACUCCGGUUCUAUAACCCUACAAACGGCCAAAUCCUGAUAGAUGGCAAGGAUAUUUCUACGAUGAAUGCCAAAUCAUUACGAAGGAAAAUCGGUGUCGUUUCUCAGGAGCCAGUACUUUUCUCUGGAACGAUCGCUGAUAACAUCUCCUACGGAAAACCCCACGCGACAAGGGCGGAAAUCAUCGCAGCAGCACGCAAAGCCAACUGCCAAUUCAUAAGUGACUUCCCUGACGGCCUCGACACCCACGUCGGCGCCCGCGGGGCCCAGCUAUCUGGUGGCCAAAAGCAACGGAUUGCCAUCGCCCGCGCCCUUAUCAAGAACCCCGACAUCCUCAUCCUCGACGAAGCCACAUCUGCUUUGGACGCUGAAUCCGAAACCCUUGUCAACAGCGCCCUCGCAGCACUCCUUCGCGGCAACCUCACAACCAUCAGCAUCGCUCACCGCCUCUCAACUAUUAAACGCUCUGAUACUAUUGUUGUGCUCAGUUCAGAUGGCCGUGUCGCGGAGCAGGGUACUUAUAAAGAGUUAAGCUCGCGGCCGGAUGGCGCAUUUACGAAACUUAUGGAGUGGCAGCUAAGCGGUGGAGAAGGUGGUGUUGGACCAUUGCCGCAUGACAGUUCUGCGGGACGGGGCCCGCCGUCUGAGAAGGAGGAAUUGCAGCAAAUGUUGCAGGAAGGGGACGAGGAUUAUGCAGAGGAUGAUGAUGCAGAAGCAGAGGAGGAGACGGGUGAUGAGGGAAAAGUGCAGAAAGAAGAUAAGGAGGCUUCUUCUGAACGGGCUGGUGGGGAGGCUACUGUUACUGCUGGCGUGGAAGAAGCCGAGCGGCAACGAUCAAAAUGAAACUGACGACUAGCAAGUUAAGAUAUGGAUUGCUUGUCUGUCUCUUUUGCCUCCCCACCUUUCACCGACUUUCCCCGUUGCUUUCCCCUCGUCCCUCUUCUUGCUGUGAUCAUAUUUUCCAUUCCCCUUUCCGAGGCGCCGUAUUCAUGAGUCCAGUUACUUUUCCUUUCCUUUUUCUGGGUGGCUACAAUCGAUUAUCUUUCAAGUUUUCAGCUCAGUUAUUACUCGCUGUACAGUACCCCUUUAAUCCAUUUGAUGGAUUCCUUUGUUGUCUUACUUUUCUUGCUCUCCGAAAUCUCAUGGAGAUGGCGUGCUUGUCUGGACCCCCUCUUCCCGUCAAACUUUUGCAUACAUCUCCCCUUUCCCUCCCAAUAUAUAUGUCAGUCGGCGUCACCCGACUUUGCUUGCUACCUUCCCACGAUCCCAUAACGGACCGUUGUCAUUUCUAGUUUGUAUAUACACGCCAACCCUGAACCCUUACAUUCUCCAUUUCUACUCCCCACUCCUCCCAACCCAAUUCUCCUCUCGUCUUCACCACUUUAGCCGAUCAGAUCAACACAUCAAUCAGUCUAUCUAUCAAGCACAAAAAACAUGACAUCCAUACCGUUUCCCUAACCUCCCCCAAGCAACUUACUAUGAUCUUCUCUCGACUUGAACUUUUAUGUGUGUUUGUGAGAGAGAGAGCGAUGUUGUAUGAAUUAGCAUAUAUAGAUUUAUUCAUUUUCUAGGCUAGUUGUUCAUCGAUAGAGUCUAUAUGCAAAUUUAACUAUCUAGUAAUUCUUCAAGAUCAGUGGCUACCUUCAGUCCGAUAAGGCCAUAUUCGGACACGAA